AUGUAAAUAUGUCUGCGCCCAUGUUGACAAACAUGAAAUUACUCUGUUCAAACUGUCAAAGGUUUUUGCAGCGAUUCAGCGCUAGGCGAUUGUCAAGUGGAUGUACAAAUGACAGUGUUUUAAAGGGUUGGGUUCGCCAUAUCAGAAAACAGAAACAUGUAACUUUCAUUCAUGUCAAUGAAGGGACACAGUUAUCCACAACACAGAUUGUUGCAGAUCCUAGGUUAUGCCCAAGUGAAUUAACUGCGGGCAGUUGUAUAACUGUGACUGGAAAAUUUCAAGAAAGUAUUACCAAGAAGCAGAAUAUUGAGUUCCAUGCAGAAGAUAUCAAAGUUCAUGGCUUCUGUGAACUACAGAAAUAUCCUUUUCACUCGAGAACGAUUCACUCUAAUGAUUACACAAGACAAUACCCUCACCUGCGACCGAAAACAAGUCUGUUCUCCUCCGUAAUGAGGAUCAGAAACACCGUUACAAUGGCUGUACACAGGUACUUCCAGGAGAAUGGAUACAUAUUUAUUCACACACCUAUUUUAUCAUCAAAUGACUGUGAAGGUGCAGGACAACUUUUCACUGUUCAGAUUUCAGACAAACAAACUGAGAGCAAUGAAAAGAAAACUGUCCAAGAGUUCUUCAACAGUCAGGCAUUCCUAACUGUGUCAGGACAGCUCCACCUGGAGGCCAUGGCAAGUGGGAUCAGUAAAGUAUACACGUUUAGCCCCGCCUUCCGAGCAGAGAGAAGUGCCACAUCUAACCAUCUGGCAGAGUUCUACAUGAUUGAAGCGGAACUCUCCUUUACUGAUUGCUUAGAAGAUAUCAUGCAGCUGAUGGAAGGUCUUAUAAAGUUCAUCACUAAAGAAACCUUAAAUACUUCUUCAAAGGAUAUUGAAUUUGUCCACGAGAGGAACUCUGUAUCAGAGGAUCGCAUUAAAGCCAUUGAAGCAAUGACAGAGAAAGAUUUUAUUAGAAUGCCAUACGAAGAAGCACUAGAAAUUAAUAACAACAACUCUGACACUUCAAAACUUAAGUGGGGAGAUGAUCUACAGAGAGCUCAUGAGAAAGCUUUAGUUAAGCAUUGUAGGAAUGUUCCUGUAUUUGUAACGGAUUACCCAGAGGAGCUCAAACCUUUCUAUGCCCGACAAAAUCCAGACAACAGGACAGUGGCUGGCCUUGACCUUUUGAUCCCUGGUGUUGGGGAGCUUUGUGGAGGGACACUGAGGGAGGAGAGAUAUGAUUUACUCCAUCAAAAGUUACAGUCUAAAAAUCUCCUCGAUGCACUUUCUUGGUACUUAGAGCUACGAGAAUUUGGCUCCUGUCCUCAUGGUGGUUUUGGAAUGGGAUUUGAUCGCUAUCUACAGUUUCUGCUGGGUAUGCCAAACAUUAAAGAUGUCACAGCAUUUCCUCGAUGGACUGGGCAUUGUCCACUCUGAUGAUGACCUGUCAUUAAACACAUUAAAAUAAA